AUGGCUUCUCCAGCAACAGGGCCUACGACAAGGUCCAAAACUGAUCUGAUGGAUGAAGAAGCCAUCUUUCUUGUCGAACUGAUGGCCCCAUGCCAUAAAUUUUUACUCGGAAGAAAGGGAUCAACAUUGCUUUUGAAAGGAGUGGCGACAAAAGUGUCCAGAUUAUCCAAAAAUAAACUGAUCUCCGCCAUUUCCCAAAGCUUUUGUGCCAAAUUCCCGCGGAUACCCAAGGAUUUUGAUAUCGAAAAAUGGUGGAGGACAACGACCAAGAGUGCUGGUGAAAGGUUGGAGACUGCGGAAGCGUUUUCUGAGGUAAAUUUAUAUUGUACUUGACAUCUGAUGUUAUCCAUGAGGAAAAAAUUAUUUAGAAUUGUAUUUCUGAGCUUUUUAUUGAGUAAUAAGGUCAAUAGAAGCUGUGAAGAUGGUAUAGCAUUACUUUCGGCCUGUUUUCAGGUGGAUGUUGCCAUUCUCCGAGCUUUGCAUCCCGGGCAUCCGCGAGUUAUCGCUCUAACGUCGCCAAAUCCUCAAAUGGAACGUUCGAAUCAAGAUAAUUCCUCGGAAUCCUCAUCGAGUAGUUUUCCGUCAACUUCAACCUCACCGGAGCCUGAUCUUCCAGCUAUUCCAAAUCUUCUGAAUGAUGCCUUGAUUAAUCUAAUCAGAGAGCCAACUCCACCUCAAAAGGAACGCCGGAGAUCAAAGAAAAGAAAAACAGAGGGUAUGUGGACUCUUUCAUGGGAUUUACAUUGAUUUUGAUAGAAAAAGUAUCGAAUUUUGGCUUGAUUUAUAUUACUUUAGAUGAUUAAUCUAACGGGGAAAGUACUUUUAUGGGGUAUGGAGUUACGGGUCGAGUGGUAUAUCAAAAAACUCGUAAAUUUUUUCUGAUUCAGAAUAUGUAAAAGUUAGUUGCCUGAUUGUGAUUUGUAAGGGCGAAAAAAUCCUCAGAACUUUUCUCGCAACACCACACAAAUGCCUUUUUGACCAAGUUUUUGCCGAUUCAAAAGUUUUGUUUUGAGCUAAAGUAAACCCUGGUAUCUUGACAAGCCUUACAAUAUCGAAUUUGAUUAAAAAACACAAAUUCCCCUUUUUUAUAUUGGAACUACCAAUUUUAAUUAGUACCUUAAAAGGUGUAAUAUUAAUCGAAUUUGAUAUUUUAAGGCUUGUCAAGAUGUCUGGGUUCACUUUAGCUCAAAACAAAGCUUUUGAUUUGGUAAAAAACUUGGUCAAAAAGGCAUUUGCGUGGUGUUGCGAGAAAACUUCUGAGGAUUUUUUCACCCUUACAAACGAAAAUUAGGCAGCUAACUUUUACAUAUUCUGAAUCAGAAAAAAUUUGCGGAUUUUUUGAUAUACGUCUCGACCUGUAACUCCAAACCCCAUUGAAGUACUUUCCUUGUAAAAUUUUUUUUUCAUUUCAAUCUUACAAGGGAAUGGUCUGAACUUCCCCCAGCGUUAAGGAAAAUGACUGGUACGGGUGGAUAGAGCAGGUCGACUUUGGUAGAAAAAGGCAAUUUCCAGCUGCAAAAUAAGCACCGCCGACGAGAAAAAUCGACCGAAAGUUCCGAAAAAAUUUCCUCUUUCUCUUCCCUCGGAAAAGAAGAGGAGCAUCUAGUGGUUCGGUUGGUCGAGUGGAUAGAGCGUCCGCUCGAUAUCCUUUUGGGGGUUGGUUCGAUUCCGGGGCAGCGCGAGUGGCUAUGAUAAGGCUUCAGUGACCAAGAUAAACUCUUGUGAACAAAAAAAAAAAUAUUUUGCAAUUUUUCGAUUUUCUAGAGAUCAUAAAACACAUAAUAAUAAAGGAUUUCUAUGCAAAUUCCUCCAUUUUUUCUGUAAGAUUCCAGAACGGUUCCAGUCAUAUCCAAUGACCUAGUCAUGGACUGUCUGUUUUCCGAACACUAGUAGACGUUUGUCAAAACCCACGAUGUGCUCAAGAUGUGCUUCAGUUUGCUCCUUAUUGGGAACGUUCUGGAAUCCUCUAGAAAAAUUGGCGGAAUUUACAUGGAAAUCCUUUUUCUUUAUGUGUUUUAUGAUCUCUAGAAAAUCUAAAAAUUGAAAAAUAAUUUUUUUUGUUCACAAGCGUUUAUCUUGGUCACUGAAGCCUUAUCAUAGCCACUCGCGCUGCCCCGGAAUCGAACCAACCCCCAAAAGGAUAUCGAGCGGACGCUCUAUCCACUCGACCAACCGAACCACUAGAUGCUCCUCUUCUUUUCCGAGGGAAGAGAAAGAGGAAAUUUUUUCGGAACUUUCGGUCGAUUUUUCUCGUCGGCGGUGCUUAUUUUGCAGCUGGAAAUUGCCUUUUUCUACCAAAGUCGACCUGCUCUAUCCACCUGUACCAGUCAUUUUCCUUAAAGUCCGAGGUUCUCCAAGCCAAGGCGCAAAUAAGGAAUGUUCCCGCUGUGGGACCCAACACGGCGGGUCUCUCUCGCAAAAAAAUAAAAAAAAUAUUUUUUUAUUGUUUGAAAUGGUACAAAGAAGGUGAAAGAUGAGUGACGAUCACUGAAAAAAGGUAUGUUUUUUGUGUUUUCUGAUUUAGGGCAGCUCGGCAAAAAUUUUUACGACAGCUGAUCCAAGAUUUUUUGUGUUUUGGGCGAAUGAAGGUAAUUUUGGACAUUCCUAAGCAUGAAAAUGGGUGUAGCUUUCCAAAGAACCAUCCAGGAGUGAUGUUGAUCGAGUUUUUGCCAAGUUAGAGUCAAUCCCUUCAGCAAACUACCUAGUAUAAUAUAAUUUUUUCCAGGAUUUUGAAUUGGAAUGCAGCCAGACGGCUAAAUUUCACCGCAAGGACUCGCUGAAGCCAGAAGAAGAGACGACACCAUUCAAAUUCCAUGUGGAAUGGCUUUUUCCGAAGCUGAUGUCAACAAAGAAAAGGUGAGUUUUUCUUGGUUUUCACUUUUUAGGUCGGGAAAUCUAUUGCUCCUUGAGCAAGGCAAUGGGUUUAGCUUCCCAAACAUGCUAUCUGGAAUGCGGCUGCUUCAUCUUGCGCCACAUCAGGCCCACUGUUGUUUCUAGUGUAAUAUAAUUUUUGCAGGUGAAAACGCUCCCCGACCGCGAAGCUUCGACGAUGCGAAACGUCUGGGACAGUAUAUGGGCGAUAAAGAAGGUCUCAUCGAUGGCAAACACUGAGGAGAACCGAAUCAAUUUAUUAUUGUAAAAACACACCAAAUGUUUUGAUAUUAAUCAUAAAAUAUUAUACCGUUGACCUGGAUAUUGUUGAACCUGUCUUUACUGAGCUCUUUAGAUGAGGCUGGCGGGCAUGGGAGGCGAAUGGGCCGGUUUUCCUGUAAAAAUUAUAUAUAAGAAACAUUGGGUCUGAUGUGGCGCAAGAUGAAGCAACCGCAUUCUAGAUAGCAUGAUUGAGAGGCCAUACCCAUUGCCUUGCUCAAGGAGCAAUGGGUUUCCCUACCUAAAAGGUGAAAACCAAGAAAAACUCACCUUUUCGACGUUGACAUCAGCUUCGGAAAAAGCCAUCCACAUGGAAUUUGAAUGGCUUCGUCUCUUCUUCUGGCUUCAGCGAGUCCUUGCGGUGAAAUUUAGCCGUCUGGCUGCAUUCCAAUUCAAAAUCCUGGAAAAAAUUAUAUUAUACUAGGUAGUUUGCUGAAGGGAUUGACUCUAACUUGGCAAAAACUCGAUCAACGUCACUCCUGGAUGGUUCUUUGGAAAGCUACACCCAUUUUCAUGCUUAGGAAUGUCCAAAAUUACCCUCAUUCGCCCAAAACACAAAAAAUCUUGGAUCAGCUGUCGUAAAAAUUUUUGCCGAGCUGCCCUAAAUCAGAAAACACAAAAAACAUACCUUUUUUUCAGUGAUCGUCACUCAUCUUUCACCUUCUUUGUACCAUUUCAAACAAUAAAAAAAUAUUUUUUUUAUUUUUUAGCGAGAGAGACCCGCCGUGUUGGGUCCCACAGCGGGAACAUUCCUUAUUUGCGCCUUGGCUUGGAGAACCUCGGACUUUAACGCUGGGGGAAGUUCAGACCAUUCCCUUGUUAGCUUUCUCUCGACUCUCGUUCAUUAUGUCCAUUUCAGUCGACCAGACCCCGCCCAAAGAAACGACGGAUAUUCAGGUUCAAUUGUCGGCGGAAUACAUGGACUACGCUUUAUCCGCGAUGCGAUUGGACGCAUAUUUGGUGCAGAAAAGGAGUCGCAUCAUGUUCAAUGAUGACCUUUCAAUGACUGUUCGAGAUCUUCAGCCGGGAGAGCAGAGUUACAACACUUUCCCGUGCUUUUUGAAAAAAUAA